AUGGCAUCCUCGGGUGGAAAUCCGGCUAAAUCUAGAGGAGAAAAAAGGAAGGCUUCUGAAGAGGAAGAAAGUUCUACUAGUGUUAUCAGUGAAGGGCUUCAUUUUACUAAAGUAAAGGAGUUAGGAAUGGAAUACAACGAGGGAGCCUACAGCCUCCACGAGAUUAUUAAUGCAAUUCAGCCCAAACGAUCCAUCCAUUUCAAUUUUUGCGUCGAAUUUGAUUUCAUGUUUAAGUAAGUGAAUUUUACCAACUUUAAAUUGCGCGUGUUUUAAGAUCGUAUCCCAAACAUCUUCGCCACACUCCGAUUGCCGUGAUUUCCGGGUCAGAGCAAGAUGUGGAAGAUGGGAAAUACCUGAAAAAACACUUUCCCCACCUCCAGGUGCAAUGUGCGGCCACCUUAUCCAAAUGGGGACAUCAUCACACAAAAUUAUCUUUAUUUGAGACUGAUUCUGGCCUACACGUUGUGAUAUCCACUGCCAAUAUGACCGCUUUUGAUUGGGGGCAUCUGACACAAGGUUUUUAUUAUGCACAUGGAGAGUUUUUGAAGACCGAAAAUGGUAAUUGUAAUUUUACGAUGUUUGAAAAAUGUACUUUUUAGCUCCAGUCUUAAAGAGAUCCAAGAAGGCGGACGGUUUCGGCGAUGAUCUGAAGAAAUAUCUCAGGGCAGCCUAUCUAAACCCAGGUCUGAAGAUCCUCAGUGCUGUCGAACAUUGGUCUGAUCUUUUUGCCAAGAAUCUCCCGGAUUUUAGCCAUAUUAAAGAUCGACUUGUGUACACAAUUCCAGGGAAGGAAUGGCUUCAACCGAUGGGUCAUACAAUCAUGAGAAAUAUCUUGAAAAGUCAUCUGUCUGAUGAAGAGAUUGGCGACUGCACUUUCAUCGGCCAAGUCAGUUCAAUUGGAAGUCUUGGGCAAAAUAAAGACGAAUGGGUCUUUAAGGAACUGGCCGCGAGUAUGUGUGGUAAAGAUAAAGUACCAAAAGGUGAGAUCAUCAUGUUAUACAUAAUAGCUAAGGAUUUAGAUUUAAAAUUCAAAUUAGUGUACCCAUCAAUGAAAACCAUGGCCGAGUCUGUUGAUGGAUGGCUAAGCGGAGGUGCCUUCCCUUGGGACGAUAAUGUUUACUGGCGACAGAAAUGGAUGGACAAGUACUUUUGUGAUUGGAGAAGCGACAAGUUGGGAAGGUAAGACUGGUUUCUCUUGUAAACAUAUGACUUUGAAGAACCCGGUGUAUGCCUCAUAUUAAAAGUUAUGCCGCAGUCACAUCUGAUGGUAGUGUAAAAUGGCUUUUGAUUACAUCGGCAAAUCUCUCGAAGGCUGCAUGGGGCCGGUUAAACCGAGAUGGAAGAAGUUAUUCCUCUCACUCCUAUGAAUUGGGAGUCCUAAUGCUUGCGGAUAAUUAUGAUCAGCCUUUGGAAUUACCUUUUGAUUGGCCUUUAACUGAGUAUUCGAAAACAGAUUCUCCUUUCCGAAGAAAUACAACGACCAGCCUUAAGGACUGUGAAGGUCGGGAGUACCCUUUCACUUCCUAA